UUGUCCUUUCAGGAGUGAUUUUAUAUUAUUUUCCCUUCUCUCGUUCAUAUUUUUGUAAGGGAUGUCAUUUAUUAAUAGACGCUAUAGCUUAUAGUCUUAAAGCAGCAGUAAAUACAAUGGAUAGUAAAUCCCAUAAGAAAAAAUAUUCUUCUCAUCCUCAUUCCAAAUUAAAAGAAAAUUAUCAACAUUCAAAUGAUGAAAAAUAUAAUAGACAUGAUAAUUAUCAUGGAAGAGAGUAUGUAGAAAUAAAUAAAGAAGCAAGAAUCAGAGAUGGAGAAUGGGUAGAGUCUCAUCUUUCCUCUGAUCGAGGAUUGGAGCUUCAGAGGGAAUCUUUCUUCGGCUUUAAAUGGAGCAAGGAGAUGGCUGAUAAACAAAAUAACGAUAUUUUACAUUUAGAUAAUGACGCCAUCAAUGAAAGGUAUAAUUAUGAUCAAAUGCCAAACGUGGAACUGAAGAAUACCAGUAAUAUAACUGAUUUAAAUGAAAGUUUUAAGAAGAAAAGGAAUAAAAAAAAACGUCAGUCAAAACGGAUUUCUUAUUCAGAUUAUCCAGAGGAUGAUGAUGAUGAUGAUGAAGCUGAUCAACACAAAGAAAAAUUAAGAAAGCUACACAAAAAAAUUCGAACUUUAGUAUCAAUUCCAGAUAAAAAUCUGAAGCAACAGAAAGAAUUAGAGGCUUUAAAAAUUAUUGAAGAUCUUCUGAAGAAUGAAAAGAUGAAAAGUGAAAAGUCUAGAGAUGGAAAAUUAUAUAGGUCUAAGUUUAAAAAUAAACGUCGAACUACGUCAACCAAGAAGCAAGAAACUGAUGGAGACGAUGAAGUAGAAGAAAGCAAAUUAUAUCAAGUUGGUAAUGCAGAUAAUUCUUGGCCAGAGAGAAAAUCCACAACAUCGUCAAGGAAGGAAUCUCAAACAAGUAGUAGCAGAAGAAGUCGAAAAUUAUCAAGCAUAGAAAAUGAAGAUCUUUCAGAUGAUUCUGAUGAUUUUUCAUCUCCUCCUAUUAUUCAUGAUCGAGUAACUCCAAUUUUAAAAAACAUUUAUGGAUGGAUUUUUGGUGGUUGUCCAAGUUCAAAAUAAAUUAAUAAAUUUGGAUAAUUUAUUUUGUUUUUGCUGGGAAAAUCUUUCUGGAUGGUAUUUCAGAUCCUGGAUGAACUUUAAAGAUCAACAAGAAUAAUCAACAAGUCUAUUGAAUAACUCCAGCGAAAUUUUUGUUCAUAUGUUUAUUUUAUGAAUAAUUAUUUUAUAUCAAAUAAUUAUUACUAACUAAUUUUUAAUUAGUUAAAUAAAAUAAUAGAUAAAAUUAAUUGGAUAAAGGGAAUAAGUCUAUGAAUUCAAAAAUUCAAGAUGACAAUUA